AAUGUUUUCCAAUAGCAGAAAAGUGCCAAAAAGGAGAUAUAUGCAAAAUUGCUAACUGUUGCGCUUUUCACGCAAACUUUUUUUUUUUCUCCUCUCCGCAAAAAAAGAAACAUGUCGACCGUUGAGGAGUUGAAGUUCAUUUGGAAUUUUUUAUUUUCGGAUAUAACGUCAGAAAAAAAAGGAGAAGAAAUAGAAGAAGAAAAAAAAUACGAAGAGAACAUUAUUUUGUUGAAAAAAUUAAUGAGAACGGAAAACAUAAAGUUUGAACAAAAAUAUAACGCUUCCAACAUUUUGGAAAAAUUAAAAGAGGUGAAGGAUGUUAAGUAUGAAGAUAUUUUAAAUCAAUAUGGAAACAAUUUUUUAAAUUUUUUAAAGCAAUCUUUUGAAAAUGUAGCGGAGGAAAUUCAAAUAAAUGACAAAAUAAAGUACAGGAGAAAUGAGCUAAUAAAACAGGAUUUAAAUAAUAAGCUACAAAGUGUCAAUGCUAACUACAAUUUGGAGUACAUUAAUCUGAACAAAUGCUUAGGAACGGAAGAUUUUGAAAAUCAGCUGAAUGUAAGCUUAAAAUUUAAUUCCCUAAAGGAUAUUUUAAGCAAAUUG